UUAGAAUUAGGAAUUAUCAUGUUGGCCCUGAAGACUGCUGACUGGCUUCGGAAUUGUUUGUUACCGCGACAUGUUAAUGGCCUAGUGAAUGUAAUGCGUGAUAUAAAGCUUCAGAGUGCAGGUAGACGUUGUAACUCGCCUUUGGUGAGGAAACGUGCAGCGUGUAACUGUUGUCAUGUUCAGUUCAUCCCAGCAGCACAUUUUCACUCUUCUGUUCAUCACUGCCGCAACCUACUGCACAAGAUGUUCUCCAACAAGAGGAAGAAAAAGUGGUAUGAAACGCCACAGCCCAUGCCCACAGCUCAACCUGGCUUCAUGAAACCAGCAAAGAAAAGAAACAUAGAAGACAGUUUGCGAGUGAGGACACUAAAUACUGUCCUUUAUAAAGCAGUUUCAGACCUGCUCUCUUCUCAUGAGGUUAAUGCAGAGAUCCCCAAGUACAAUGUGGAGAUCACCAAGGUUUCAGUGAUGGUGGAUUACUCAGCUUGUCGAAUCUACUGGAAGACAAGUUUGUCUUCUGACAGAGAUAUCCAGAUUCAGCAGGCUCUGGACAAAGGUGCUCCACGUAUAAGAUACCUUCUCAUCUCACAGCAGAUCCUGAGCAGCGUUCCCACUUUGAUUUUUGUUUUAGACAAACAGUAUGCAGCUAUAAAAGAGGUUGAAAAUCUUCUCAAGAUUGCAGAUUAUGGUCCCAGAGAAGAUUCUGAAAAUCUUUUUCCAAGUGAAAACGUUGCUGAGACAAAAGUGCAGACGGUGGAGAAGAAAAGAAUCAUGUUUGGCAUCGAUCAUGAUUCUCUCAAUAAACAGAUUGAGGACUAUAAACAGCGGUGGAGUGACUCAAACUCAGAGAUCAGCAGCCCAGCAGGUCUAACUCAGGAACAGCUGGACACGUUAGCUGAGAUCAGGAAACAGAAGCUUGUGGAGAAAAAGAAACGCAAAGCAAAGAAGCUGAAAGACUAUGAUGUCACUCCUAAAGAGUACUUGCUCACCAGGCAGCUUCAGAAAGAACAGGAAGAACAGUAUCGCGGUGAGGAUGGUUUAGAGGAUAGCCAGGCAUCAGAACUGAUGAAAGAUGAAGGGAAGCACUGAAUAAGAAGGAUUUAUUUAAUUGUUCGUCUGCACAACAGGUUGGUACAAGUCAUUUUUUUCUCCCAAUCCAGUCCUGAAAGAACAGCUCAAACGGUCUGUUCAUUAUAUGGUUUCGGUGGGUUCGUUUUCCCCAGAAUUACUGAGUGCAAUGCAGUAAGACACCUUGGAGAGGACACCAAUCAAUUAAGGGAAACCCCCAGACAUAGUCAGUCAUGUCUGUAUGUAUGUAGAUGCCUGGCCAAACGCACCGCUGGGGAUCUGAAUCCUGGAGGUCAGAGGUAUUGCGCUAGCAGAAUUUCCCGCUGUGCCACGUGUCUCCAUUUUGUAUUUAUCAUAUUAUAAUUAUUAUUUUAUUUUGUAUUUGUUAAGGAAAUCUAAAUUAAUUCUAUAUAAAAUGUGUCAAAACAGACAGUUUAAUCAGAAUUUAAUAAAACUUGUAACAGAA